AUCGAUUAUAAUUGCAAACCAAUGUGUGUAUUGUUGUUGUUAUCAAUGUAUUUGUUAGCCAUAAGUAAAAGUGAUUAUAAUUAACACAAUAAACACUAAAAUAGCAAAAACACCGAUUAGUUAAUCAUAUUUUAAGGUCACUAUCGGUAUAAAGUUUUGUCUGUCUGUGUGUUUGCCGUCAACUGCAGUCCCCAUCCCUUCGCCAUCGACCGCAAUAAUGGCCAUCAAUGCGGCCAAACAGCUGUUGGACGAACUGAUGGGUCGCGAACGCAACUUAGCCGCCGAYGACAAGACAUCGUCAUUGAACUGGAAUGACCAGCAGGUGUGCCGUCACUUUCUGGUCAAAUUCUGUCCAAACGGUUUGUUUACCAAUACCCGGGCCGAUAUCGGUCCCUGUCCACUGGUCCAUGAUGAUUUUCUCAAACGGGAAUACGACAAGAAGGCCCGACGAAAGGAUAAGAUGAUCUUCGAGGACGAGUUCAUCCGUUUUUGUCAGUCGCAGCUCAACGAAGUCGAGAGAAAGAUCAAGAGAGCCAAACAACGGCUAGAGAUGAGCCAACUCGAGAGAAACUCCGGCCUAAAUGCUACCACUGCUGUACUCAGUGAGGAAAGUCAGGAGAAGAUGAAAGUGUUGACCGAACGAAUCGAUACACUACUGGAACAGAUCGAGAAGUUGGGCUGCGAAGGAAAGGUUGAAGAGGCUCAGGGUAUCAUGAAAUUGGUGGACCAGUUGAAGGAAGAAAAGUCGGGAAUCAAGAGGGAAGCCAUGCCUAAUAACCAUUGGAUUCAACAGAAAGCGGAGAUCGGCGCUCAACAGGAGAAACAGAUGGAGGUGUGUGACGUUUGCGGUGCCUUUCUUAUUGUCAACGAUGUUCAACAGCGAGUGGAUGACCAUCUGAUGGGCAAACAGCAUAUGGGCUACGGCCUGCUCAAGACAGCUUUGGAUGAAAUACUGGAACGUCGGCGCCAGGAAAGGGAUCGCGAGAAACAGGAGGCUGAAAACGAAGCGGCAGCCAGAGAGCGGGCCCGCGAUGAACGACGACAACGAGACCGAUCGCCGCGCGACAACAGAGAUCGGGACCGAGACAGAGAGCGCGAUCGUGACCGGGAUCGGGAUAGAGAGCGACGUCGCGAUAGUGAGCCAGACAGACAACGUGAUCGCGAUUCACGGCGACAYUCGGAACGAUCCGACAGGAAUGAGAGGUCAGACUCGAACAGAAAUGAACGCUCGGAUAGAAACGGCAGGUCUGAUCGCAGUGAACGUUCCCAUAGGGACAGACAUUCGGAUAGGGAUAAGGAUAGACAUCGUCGACGAUCACGAUCGCCGCGAAACACAGCAGACAUUGACCGCGAACACCAUCGGUCGUCAUCAGACAGCAAACGAUCUACCAAAGAGUCGGGCAGUAGUCCAGUGGCGGCCAAAUAGUUGCGCACCGUUUUCCGCAAAUCAUGAGAGUAAGAGAUAAUCCCAAAUCAGAGAGAUGAGCUCUGGAGAGAUGAGAGUGUGUUAACCGACACUUAACAACUGUCGGGACAACACUUUACUGACCAGUGGACAGACACACACACACUAUGAAGACAACAAGUAAUUUUGAAAUCUCUAACCGAAAACUGCAUUUAAACAAAAAAAAGUGCAAACUUUUUCAAUAGGUUAUUAUGAAAUUUAUUGGACGACUACCCGUAAUCAAAACAAACAAAAAAUCAUUUAAAAACUAAUUGGCUCUACAAUUGUUAGCGACUCUAUAUAUAUAUACAGAUUUAUGAAAUGUAAAUUACCUUUAAUUAUACACAAAAAUAAUAAUUUUAAAUUAAUACGAUUCCUAUGGUAAUCAUUAAUAUUAAUAAUCAAUGAAUUAAACAAAAUUAGACAUAAAAUUGGGACAAAAGAAAUACUACUCAACACUCCAUAUAAAAAAAUCAUUGGACGAUAUAAGAGUUAAGUCAUUAUUAAAAACUUAUUUUUUUUUUGGUUUGAGACCCGUAUUAUUGUACAAAUAGUAGUGUUUUUAUUUUAUUUUACAAAAUACAUCUAUUUUUUGUUUCGUUUAAAUUUAAAU